GCUGUCUAUUGAGUCAUACAGCUAUCAGAAUUAAUCAAAAAUAUCUUAAUUUGUGUUCUAAAGAUGAUUGAAGGUCUUACGGGUGUGGAAUAGCAUGAGGGUGAGUAAUUGACAAUUUUUAUUUUUGGGUGAAUUAACCCUUUAAACUUAUUAUCCAGAGGCUCAACCAAGGGACUUCCUUUUAUGAAAAUGUUAGUGUUUACACUAUUUUGAAAUUAUAAAAGUUAAUUAGGUGCUUUGUACACUUUGAUUCGUUGCCCAUUGUGACUUUUUGCUUUAUUAAGUUGAACAUUUCUAAAGGAAUUUCUCUUUUACUGUCAGUUGAGCCUGUUCUGAACAAGAGAAAAUUAGAGGUAAGGUAAGGGGUUAAAGCUAUCAAAUACUAGGUGAAAAUAAGUACACUUCCAUGAUGUACUUAACAUGCUUUAUUUUUGCACACUCAUUUUGUACUUAAUAUACUAAAAUUCUAAUUAAGAUAAUCUUAAGAACAUCUCGGUGUAGUCAACUGCUAUUUUGAGACACCAUGAAUAUGAACUAAAAAGUGCUUUUAACAUAUUUCUGUAUUUUAAAAAUGCAUUUAGUUGCCACUUGUAGUAUACUUCGGGUUCAAGUGUACUAUAAGUGGUAACUAAAUACAUUUUUUAAAUACAGAUAUAGUAUAUUAAUAGCACAUUUUAGUUCAUAUUCAUGGUGUCUUAAAAUAGUUGAGUACACUUAGUUGUUCUUGAUAUUAUCUUAAGAUGUACUAAAGAUUAAUUUUUAGUAUAUUAAGUACAAAAUUAGUUGCCGAAAAUAAGCACUUAUGUAAGUGUACUUAUAUGGUAUGUGCACUUAAAGAUAAGAUAAAUAUCACGCUAGUAUGUAAAUAACAGGACUAGGAACUAUUAAAUAACCAUUAACUAAUGUCCAUGGUUUUCCCUUGUACAGUUAUCCCAAUAGUCUUAAAAUGAAAAAUAACCUGACAAAUAUCAUUCCUGGGAUUAUUUUGUUUUCUACCAAAUUAGCUUGCAUUAACCCAAGGAUUAUUUUUAUAAAGAGAUAACCUUUAAAUGUAUAUAGUGAUCUCCAUAAUCAAAUAAUCAACUUUUCCGCUCCAACACAAGUUCCAGCUCAGCUUUAUAUUUAUUGCUCUGUGUAAAAAGGCCUAUGCUUAAGUUCAAACUGCAUGAAAACAAACAUUGUCUAGACAUUUUCCUGAAUAAACCUUGAGCUCAUGCUUUAAAUUCAGAGUUGAAUGUGCCUAUGUGCUUUUCAAUAGUGUCCCUUUCUCAUAAGACAAACGCCUACUCAUUCACUUCAAAUAUUUGUGCAAUGAAAUAAUUCGAAGGGGAAAGUAAAGACAUUCAUCGCUAUUAGGAGCAAUUGUCGUCAUUGGAAGAUAGGAAUGGUUUUGUAAGGCAGAUUUUCUUGUGAUAAUGGCAUGACUGGGACUUUCAUAUAAUUUCAUGUGAUUUACUGACAAAGAGGUAGUCAUUUUGUUUACAAUAUGCCAAUAAUAAACCCUUAUGCAAUUACUUAAAAUGACAUUUUUCACUCCCUCUAGUGGCAAAACAUGCCCUAUUCAAUGAACUGCAAUUAAGGAAGACUAUAAAACAAAUAGGCUAUGGUCUUUUUUACUUAAAUUUUGGUAGUUAUACAUGUUUUUGUCAACUAACUACACCUUUACUAUUAAAGUGGCACCACAUUUCCCAUUUGUAAAUGUGUUGAGUGUGAAACUUCAAGCAGGAAAAAGUGGGAAAGUUUGGAGAGAGAAACGCCUCCAAUGUACCGCCUUCAUCUCAACCUGGGCUCUUAUUUAACAGCUUUGGGGAGCACAAAGUCCCACACUUUCUUUUGCAUCCUGGUCCAAUUUACCCAUAAUUUAAUAAUUUUGAAAUGAAAUAUUCAUUUAUUCUCUUCUUCAUACACCUGAGCAUCCUGGUGUGUUUUAGCACCGCACAGCGCCAUGGAUCCUGGAGACACAUGGUUAAGUGGGAAACUAACAGACAGGUUUACAGUUUACUGGGCACCGGUUCUCAAUAUCACACACCUGUUUCUGGAAAACGAAAUGCAAGAUUCUUAUUGACGAGGCAUUUGAUGCCAACAUUCACAGGCAGGAUUUUCAUGGGACGUUCUGCCAACACUAGGAUGCACACAGUUGGGCAUGUGGUGCAUUCAAACUCUGUGCCAGACCACACUCUUGGUAUGGAUGCAAGACCCUACAUGAUGUCUGGUCAUACAUCUCCUUUGAGGAAUAAUCAGUUGUCUUUGCAUGCAAAAAGAACUGCACUUUCUUCAGAUGAAGCACUGCACACUCAGUUCACGCUCUAUGGGAUAGCAGCACCAACUGAAAAAACGACACUGGCACCAGUGAAAGCUUCAAGGGCACCAGGACGCCAUAACUUAGUUACCAGCACACCAAAACGAACAUCACCCACGGCAGCUACUGAAAAAACUUCCACUAUCAAUUCUGAGGCCAAUCCGCUUCCUCAACUUUCCACUUUGACUGGGAGUAACACUGCUAAUAAUUCUAAACUUUCAUCAAGAACCAGUUCAGCUGCACCUUCAGCAUAUGUUAAUAACAGAAAUACGGUAAAUCCUCCCCUCCGGGUUGAGGAAAGUGACACUAUGAUUGGUGAUGAACCAACGAAUCCUCAGGUAAACAACAGAAACCCUUUCUACUAUAAUCUGCUCCCAAAUGGAAGUGUCAAUAGAUCUCCUCAGAGAGAAACGGGUCAUGGUACAAGGUAUUUCCAUAACGGACUGCCUGAUCUCAUUCCUGAUCCAUACUAUAUCCAAGCUGCAUCUUAUAUCCAAAGAGUGCAGAUGUACACAUUAAGAUGUGCCGCAGAAGAGAACUGCCUCUCCAGUUCAGCGUACAACUCAAGAGUGAGAGACCUUGAUUACAGAGUGCUUCUCCGAUUUCCUCAGAGGGUCAAAAAUCAAGGCACAGCAGAUUUUCUCCCUGUGAAACCAAAUCACCAGUGGGAAUGGCACAGCUGCCAUCAACAUUAUCACAGCAUGGAUGCCUUCAGCAAUUACGACCUCCUGGAUGCCUCCACGGGCAGAAAGGUGGCUGAGGGUCAUAAAGCCAGUUUCUGUCUGGAGGACACCAGCUGUGAUCCAGGUGUGAGGAGAAGAUACGCCUGCACUGCUCACACACAGGGAUUGAGCCCAGGCUGCUAUGACACCUACCAUGCCAACAUCGACUGUCAGUGGAUUGACAUUACUGAUGUUUCUCCUGGAGAUUAUAUUCUAAAGGUGACCGUGAACCCAGGAUUCCAAGUGCAAGAGUCUGAUUUCUCCAAUAACGUUGUGAGAUGUGACAUCAGAUACAUGGGGUCGUACGUCCAAGCACAUAACUGCAGAAUCACAGGAAUCUGAUCCAGUACUUUAUCCAGAGACACAUUGUUGUGGAUCAAUUGACCAUUAACUUGACUUAUUUGUACUUAUCUAGAUUUAUGUUCUUGACAGACACUCUUCUUGCAAAGUGAAUGUGACAUAUGUGUUAAAGAUAAACAUCCAAUGAGUGCCAAUAAUGUACAACGGAUAAAUUCUUAUUUAUUAAACUUUUGCAAAGUAUAAAAAAGUAUGUAUUGUAUUCAAUUCAAUUAUUGUAUUCAAUUACAUUUUCUAUUUAUUAUUUCUAUUUCAUUUUAUAUAUUAUUUCUGUAAUUUGGUGUAAUUUCCCACUGCGGCCCUCAA